UUCUCACAGCCGUUUCCUAAACUUCGCACUCUGGAUAUUGUACAUGAUGCAAUUUCUACUCCGCUUCUGUUUAGCAAGCUCAAGAACCUGAAGGCCCUGGGAAUGAGCAUCACGCAACCCGAAGGCCUUGCUGCGGUCAGAACUCUUGGAAGCUUGACGUCCUUAACAAUCAGGCUUACUGGAGGUGUUGACGUCGGAAGAUACAAGCAAGGACCAGAUUGGGAGAAGCUUGGGAGCUGUGAGGGGAUGCAUGACUUGUUUCCGCAGCUACCGAUUGGAGUAUCUGGACAUUGAACACCAGAUCUUGUCAGGAAAAGAACUUACCAUACUCGCUCGUAGCUGCCCUUCCCUACAGCUUCUGAAGCUCUAUGGCAUACAAUGGCAUGAAGAUAUGGCGCUCGAGGAUAAACUUGGGCGUUUUCCAAAACUGGAGACGUUGUCAGUGCUCGCCUUCUGUCCCUAUGAUAUAGGCCAUAUUGAACAUCUUCCGCUGGAUGACCAAGUCCGCCGAACUGUCAACAGUUCUCUCGAAAUGUUCACGGUGAUCUUUCCGCAGCUCACCAGAUUGUACACAGACGACUUUGUGGACCAGGAGCAUUUUGAGGUCUACAUGGUUGAAGCGUGGAAGAAGAGGAAAGGGCUUGACUAUCUCACCUUUGAGGAUGGACAUGUGCCCGAGGCAGAACUGCAGCGUAAACGCUGGGGGUUGAAUGAUGGGUGGUAGAUGUGAACGAGGAGUGCUGGUCAAGUGUUGGAGGUGAUGAGGAAGCAUGACUGGAAUGUUUUCACCCGGUGAGUGGCAGGGGGUCGAUCAAAUGACGGUAUACAUGCACCACGAGAGUGCAGGUAUGCAAGUGCCAGAGAGGCUGAUAACAGAAGGACUCUUG